AUGCGUGAGCGACUAGCUAUGAAAAACGUCAAAAUUGCCGAAGACAUCACCCUUCUGCAGAAAUAUAAUAUUCUUAUCGACUUCGAUGAAGGAGGAUAUCUUUUGCAGAUCUUUACGAAGCACGUGGGUGACUGUCCUACUGUCUUCAUGGAAAUUAUUCAGAGAGAGAAUUUUGAUGGGUUUGGAGCUGGAAACUUUAAGAGUCUGUUCGAAGCUUUUGAGAGGGAACAGGCAUUGCGCGGAAAUCUCAUCACCACCACCUUUCAAUAUGGUCUAAUAUCCCCCCAAACCACCCUCCUCUCCAUCAUCCUUCCCAUCCUCCUCUUCCUUAUUCUCCUUCUCCCCUACCUCAACCCCACACCUCCGCCCCCAAAAGGCUGCCGCAGACUGGGUCUCUCUCCUUCCCAGCGCUCCAACCUGCACGAUGAAUACUCACCCAAAUACGCCCACGGCGUUCCCAGCACCGCCACAGACCCCGACACCGGGCUCUCAGCAUGGCGCAUCAAAGCACUCUUCACGUACCCGAUUAAGAGCUGCGGGGGAGUGGAGCUCGAGGCAGCAGAUGUUAUAGAGACGGGGUUGAAAUAUGAUCGGUUGUUCUGUUUUGCGGAGUUUUUCCCUUCACCACAACCUACUACCACCAAUACAUCAACCUCAACCAACAACCGAGAAGAGAAUAAUGGAACCUGGACAGCCCGCACCCUCCGAGACCGUGACUUCCGACAGCUGGCCCUCCUCCGUCCAGAGAUCUGGAUUCCAGAUCAAUCCUCACCUACAUAUUCUCCUACAAACCCAGAAACACUCUCCAACGGUGUUUUACUUGUCUACUACCCCCUCCCACCAUCUCGCAACCCCUUAGUUACCUUGUUAAGAACCCUACACAUCCUCCCAUCCCAAUCAUCCUUCACCAUCCCCCUCGAUCCCCCACCACAUUCUUUAACUGAUUUCCCCCUAACCCCUGUCAAAAUCUGGAAAGACAUCCCCCUCGCACACAACUACUCCCACCUCCUCCCACAAUCCCUAAAGGAUCUCCUAACAUACGAUACUACCCUCCCACCCCACCAACGGAGACAACUCUCCCUCUUCCGCGCAAGCCACAUCCACAGACGAGAAAUCUACCGCAACGCUCCUCGUAAAGAAAAGAUAGGCUUCCAGCCCGUGACUGGCUUCGCAGACGCGUAUCCAAUCCAUUUACUCAACAUGGCGAGCGUGAGGGAUGUUGCGGCCAACUGUGCCGAUGAGAUCCCCGAGUUGAGUGUGAGAAGGUUCAGGGCGAAUGUGAUUGUUCAGGGGCCGGGGAAGUUCGUGGAGGAUGAGUGGAAGAGGAUAGUUGUUGGUGGUUCCUCUGAGGAUGCGGAUGGGGUGGAAAUCUACACAGCAUGCCGCACUAUACGGUGUAAACUGCCCAAUGUAGAUCCUGAUACUGGGUGUGUUCCUGCUGUUAGAGAAUUCACGCUGCGGGUUAAUGAUCCUAUUACGGUAUUGGAGACGGGUGAGCAUUGUUAUAUCAAGAUGCUGGCGCCGGGGGAGAAGGUUGAGGGAAGCUCUGUCAUGGGCAUCGUCCAGGUAUGUGGUAAGUUGAUAUCUGUGUGCUAUGAUUACCGCAUGGGCGUCCGGGAUGCGCCCAGAGAUAUCUCUCGGAUUCUGGACGAGGUCGUCAGUGUUGGGAGCAUCGCACAGCAACUGGUGAAGGUCAUUGAGUCCGACGGUGCCCCGUCUUUACCGUCUUUACAGGCGAUGGGUGGGCAUGAUGGCACUCUCCGCAGGUGCUUGGUCGAAUUGCAGGACCUGAAUGCAACUUUGAAACUGGGGAAAGCCUCCAGUUUGGGGCGUGCUCUGGCGUGGCCGUUGCCACGUGCAGACGCGGAAAAAGGUUUGCAAGUCCUUGCGGCUAUCAAGAGCACGCUGCAAUUAGCACUGGCUGCUGAUAAUACCCAAAACAUGAUGGAAGUAUCAAACCUCACCCGGUUGUUGCCGAGUGUUGAGAAGAAGAUUACUAGACUCUCAGAGUGUGUGGCUCAAUCUGACAAGGAUCUACUCGCUGAGCUUCUCAACCAGCUGGGUGGACGCAGCCAAUCAGCCAAGCAAAAGCAAGAGUACCGAAAAUGUGCACCGGCUACUGGUGACUGGCUAUUGAACACAGCGCAAUACAUGAAAUGGAAGACCAAUCCCAACAAUCUCUUGUGGAUCAAGGGAGCUGCUGGCUGUGGUAAGACUGUCCUAUGUUCGAGGAUCAUUAAGGAUCUUCAGGACCACUGUGGUGGAGAGCAAAGUAGCAGCCUCUGUUAUUUCUUCAUGGAUGCAUCGGAAGAAAGAGGGGUCGACAUCAACCGCGUGUAUGGAUCCUUCAUCAGGCAGCUGAUGCAUCAAGGGGCAACAAUUCCUCGCUAUCUUCCGAGAAGGAGGAUGAUGUAUGGCAGUCUAUGCGGCGAACAGCAGUCAGUUUCAUUGAAAGAGCUAGUGGGAGUCCUCUUAUUGCAAUUUGAGCAUAAUUACAUUGUUCUCGAUGGUCUCGACGAAUGCGAAGAAUACCUCCAGGACGGAUUUCCUGGGAUUACGGAUUUCAUCAAGAAGAUGAUGAAGCAGACAAAAGGACAACGGCACUUGAUUGUGUUUGGCCGAAACUUGGAGCAGCUUCGAAAUACUUUCGAAAGCCUUAAAAUCUCCACCGUUACGAUUGAUGGCUUGACAGUGAAUCUUGAUAUGCAGACAGCACUGCGACACCAGUUUUCGCAUCAGGCCAAAUUUUCCCGGUGGCCAAUAUCAAUGAAGAAGAAGGUUGAGCAGUCUCUCUUGGCCCAAGCCAAUGGAUCAUUCCGUUGGACGGACUGCCAGCUGCAGACACUGCGACGCUGCGCGACACCACAGGCGGUACAAAAAGCUCUCAAGGAUCUACCAAAGUCACUGGAGGAACACUACACCAUGGCAAUUAGCAAAUUAGAUGAGAGCAAUCGCAUGUCCGUGAAGAACCUCUUACGCUGGGUAGCCUUUGCUCUUCGGCCGCUAUCUCUCGAUGAGAUCACAAGCGCCAUAGCUAUUAAUGCCGAUCGUGAGCAUACUCCUUUCAUUGACGAGGAUUUAGAACUUCUCGACCCAGAAAGCUUCAUUGAUUCCUGCUCCAGUCUUGUCUCGACGUACUGCGGUGGGGACGAAACGAAAGGCACCCAGGAUGUGUAUAUCAAACUAGCCCAUUUCACCGUUCGGGAGUUCCUCACUUCUAGAGCAAUCUUGGGAGGCACAUGCUUCGACUUUUCCAUGGAUAUCAGAUUGUCUCACGCCUUCCUAGCUAGCUGUAGCCUUGCGUACUUUCACCAUGCGGUUCAGUCUGCUGCCGGCAACCUCUGGAUGUAUCAUCCGCUGGCACGCUAUGCAGGGCACUUUUGGUAUGAGCAUAAGGAACUUUCUCAAGGCGCUUGGCAAUCCUUUGAAUUAGAGUCUAUCUUACUCGAUCUGUUUGACGAAGAUGGGCCUUAUUUCAGGCUGUGGAGCAAAGUGGCAAAUGUUGACCGACCAUGGCUGCCGGAUGAAUUGAGCAACACCAAUGACUGUACAGCACUAUAUUACUCUUCCUACUGUGGCUUGACACGGGUGGUGAAAGCACUUCUCGACAAAGGUGCGUCGCCAAAUGUCUCUGGCGGCUUGUACUACCGUCCAUUACAAGCAGGCGCAUGCAUGGGCCACCUGGAAAUAGUGCACUUACUGAUAGAGGCAACUGCUGAAGUCAAUGCAAAAGGCGGUGCUCUGAGUACGGCGCUUGGUGCAGCAGCUGCCCAAGGUCAUUUAGAUGUUGCUGUCACGUUGCUAGAAGCUGGUGCCAAUGUCAACUACCCGAAUCCAAGGGUUUUCAGUGGCCAAAGGUCGGAUCCUUUAUUUCUCGCUGUUGCGAGAGGCCAUCUACCUGUCUGUGAGGUUCUACUCAAUUACGGAGCGGAGGACUACCACCACUUCAAAGGAGACCCUCCAUCAGCCCUAGUGGUUGCAGUUUGUAGUGGUCGUCUUGAUAUCGUGAAAACAUUGCUGGGGUUCAUUAGGUCCGUCCAGAGUGGCAUCACUGCCGCACAGUAUCAGGCCGCGGCUGGCGGCCACGUUGAGAUAUUGCGCGAGUUACUAGCCUAUGAAAUUACACCAGACGAAGCAUUAAGAUACGCAGCUCGGGCAGGUGACGAGAAGCUCGUGCGACAAUGUCUAGACGAGGGUCUCAGCGUCGACAGCCACGCGCAAGUCUCGGAUCACCCCAUAGCUCUUCAGUCGGCGAUAAUAGGCGGUCAUACUGCGAUUGUGCAUGAGCUGCUAUCUCGCGGAGCAGAUCCCAACUUAGAGUCAAGCUUUUCGACGCCUUUGCGAGCUGCGGUAGAAGCAGGGAAUUUCGAACUCGCCCAAGUCUUGAUCAAUGCAGGCGCAAGAGUGGAUUCCCAUCGGUCUCUACGAAGCGCCCUAUCUCAAAGAAGGAAAGAUCUCGUUGAUCUCCUCCUGCAAAACGGAGCAGAUACACACCGGAGCUUACGAGAUGCUUUGCUCAUGGACAGAGGAGCAGAUAUUCAUCGCCAAGAGCCAGAUGAUGAAACCUCCCUAUUGGGAGCGGCCGCAUGGGGUGGUUCAGUCUUUAUCGAUCAGCUCAACCCUGGACCUGAAGACACGGCGCCUCUGCUUGAUGCUGUUGCCGCCACUCGGCCACUCAUUGUGGAGCUGCUGAUCCAGCGCGGAGCUGAUGUUAAUACCUGCCCCCAGGUAGCCGACGAGCGUCGUCUCACAGGAUCCCGCACUUCACCAGAUGGUCUUCGCUGGUGGCCACCUGACCUAAUAUGCGAAACGGCACUGACACUGGCAGUCAAGGCCAACGAUCGAGAUAUAGCCGAACUCUUGAUGCGACAUGGCGCAAUGGUCACACCGAGUUCGCCCGACACAGUCGGCACACCUCUUUUGUACGCGGUAAGAGAUCAAAAUUCUGACCUUAUCAGUGAACUACUGGACAGAGGUGCCGAUCCCAAUCAGAGAGGCACAAUCGUGGAGGAGGGAAACCCAUCGUUUCCCCUCCUCAUUGCAGCGGAGAAUGGUAACCCCGAAAUUAUCGACUUGCUCUUGGAAGGGGGCUUCACUGCUUUGCACGUUGCGGCGGCCUGUCGCACAUCGGACGGGCUCAAGUCACUCCUCCAUAAACACGGUGCGAACAUGAAUACAAGGCUCUUGAACGGCAGUUUGCCAAUCCACUCGGCUGCAUCAAUGGGCACCCCGGAAAAUCUUGGGAUAUUACUCGAUGCUGGCGCGGACAUCAACGCUCUAAAUGACAAUGGUCGCACGCCCUUGCAUUGCGCAGCAGACAAUGGCAACUGGGAGAUGAUCGAAGCUGUCCUGGAACGAGGAGCUCUGGCGAAUGUGAAGUCUCAAGAUGACGGAGCCAAUAUAGCGGUGGACAUGGCUUAUUUGGCAAAGCGCGAAUCAGUCUGGGCUUCUAGGACCUUCUCGGCUGACUGGGACGACGAGGGGAUAGAGAGGCUGUUGCAGAGACUGAAAGAAGCGUCAGAUUGA